AUGGCGGCAGCUCUACCCGUGUCCAAGAGGCAGCAGGCCCUGGACGAGGUACGUCGUACCAUUGGGUCGCUGAAUUCUGAUUUCGCGCUGCAUAUCCCGAUUCCCGACCCCACUAUGUCGCCUAGCAAGCGUCGCCAGCAGCGCCGCAGCGACGAACAGGACCGUGUCAAUGCAAUCUACAGUCGGGUUCAAUUCCUCCAUUUCAAAGAUCGCCAGCGUCUCUCCACCAGCAUUGGCCGCUUCCGCGAACAGGCCGACCAGUUGCUCCGGGAGUGGACUUCUGACAAGCUCAACUCCAACCUCAACUCCAACCUCAAUGCCAAUCCCGACGCCGCCCCGACACUCGACCCACUUCGCGUCCCCAGAAGCCUCGAGGAACGGGCCGCUCUCCAGAUCCUUCUCCUCGAGCUACUCCAGAAUGUCAAUUCUCCUCCGACCCGGGCUAAGCGGCCAUCCCCCGAGUUUCCGGACCGCAGCCCGAAGCGCCCCAGGCCCCAGCCAUACCGGGUUGCAGAUAGCCUUGAUGACAUCCCGGUUCGAUCUAGACCCUCGAUUGGCGUCUCAUUGGCAUCAUCGACCCAAUCACGGUCUUCCUCUUUCAUAAGCCGAUGCGCGACAACUUCCUCUUCUAAGCUGUCUUUUGCAUCCAGCGUAUUCUCUGCUGCCGAUGAGGUUGCCUCCAACAGCCAAUCCUCCUUUGAGUCUGUCAGCUCUCGCAAGACUAUUCAGGUUGCGCCUGUCGCGUACAAGCAGCCACUUGACGACUCUUUCCGUCAAUAUGACACUCAACCGGAUCCCGAAACGCCCCAGCGAGCCCGACACAGGCACCGCGAUGGCCCCUUGCCACUUAGCAGCCCAAUCUCAACAUACUCCAGCGUGCCAGAUAUAGCAGAGAUGCGCACUCCGAUUGUUGAUGCUAGGUUUAUGAAGGAAACUGCGUCACCUACUUUAGCAGAUCGGUUAUCCCGCGUAUGGCCAAAAUUCCCCGUCCCGGGAUUAAACCAGGCUCCGUUCAUCAUCCUCUGGGAGUUGACACGAGCUGCAAUCCACUGCAACGUCAACUUGGCUGAAUGGGAUAUUCAGUACCGGCCGAGUGAUGGCUGGCACGAUCAGACCAAGUUCAGAGGGAAGAUAAUCUCUCAUCCUCUGUUUGUAGGAAAAGGCCUUCCUCCUCCCUGCGAUGCAACCUCUUGGACAGCAGGCUUAGGCACUUUCAGUGCACACGACAAGACGGUCACACUAUCCGUUGAGCUGGUUUACAGCACGGAUGAAUCGGGUCCAUUGUUCCGUCCCAAGCUUCAGCCACCUAGACUAGAGCUCGGCCAUCGAUUGAGUCGUCGUUUCGGAAGUGAUCGAUUCAUGGAAGUAACCAUGCCGUCGCCAAAUGGAAAGGAUGUCCCAUCAAUCGUCAAGAAAGACCCUGAAGGCGCUGAAAAGAUCAUUCGGUGGCUAACCGAUAAGCUUCACUAUUUUGUGGGACGCUCUUGGGUGCCGUUCUAUACCCGCGACAUGAAGAAGACUACCAAAGACCCUCAGAAUCCUCAGAAGACUCGCAACAUCUUCCAAGAGCGCGUCCAAUUCUUUGCCGUUGACGGCAUCAGCUUUCGACUGCCUCAAUCCCAGUUCCCACUACCGCAAGAAGCACUGUCUUUGUCAACUCGGACAAAGAUGAGACGUUGCGAUCUCUUGGGCUGGGCUGUGAGUAUCGAGAAAAACGCGAAGCAACCCGUUCCCAAGCUUUUUUCCCGCCUUGCACUCAGCCUCAGCAGGACGUGCCCGACGAUUGUCCUGGAGCGCCAUCAAAUUUACAAUCGAGCAGCCGAUCUGGUGAACAAAAAAGUCAUGAACGAUGGCAUCGGAAGAAUGUCUCGCAGUGUUGCUCGAAAAGUGGCAACUCAUCUUGGCCUUUCGGAAACCCCAUGUUGCUACCAAGCUCGAAUUGGGAGCGCCAAGGGUAUUUGGAUUGUAGAUGUGGAAGACGAUGGACUUGACGACAACGAUUGGAUUGAGACGUAUCCAUCACAACGAAAAUGGGAAUGCGACUUUGAGGACAUUCACCAUCGAACCUUUGAAGUCCGGAACUGGCCAAGGGAACUGAGGUCAGCUUCUCUCAAUGCGCAGUUCAUACCAGUUCUCGAGGCACAGUCUCGGGAACCUGGAAAAAUGCGACAAGCCAUUGCGAAACACCUAGUCGACGGUUUGCGGAUGGAACUCGACGGCCAAAUUACUGCCAUGAACCACCCCAUGGAUCUUCGCGCCUGGAUCAAACGAGCCGGGUCUUCAUCGAUUGGCAGCCUGUCCCAGGGACACGUUCCAUUCAUCGCUGGACUACCUGAAAGAGAUGAAGACGUUGUCGCAUUUCUUCUUGAUUCAGGGUUCGACACAAGCAAAAACGCGUUUCUCAAGGAUCUCACGUGGGAUAUGCGAAAGAGGCAGACCGAUCAACUCAAAGCCAAGAUGAAUAUCAGGAUCCCCCGGUCGACCUAUGCCUACAUGGUUGUUGACUUUACCGGGACAUUGGAAGAGGGCGAGGUCCACCUUGCGUUUUCGUCCAAGUUUCAAGUUGAUGAAGAAUCCGACACGCUCUUGGACGGUGUCGAGGUGCUUGUUGCCAGAGCGCCCGCCCACUUUGUGAGCGACAUCCAAAAGGUUAAGGCGGUUUUCAAGCCAAGCCUAAAGAGGCUGAAGGAUGUCAUUGUGUUCUCCUCCAAAGGAGACUCCCCUCUCGCCGACAUGUUGUCCGGAGGCGACUAUGAUGGCGACCAGGCUUGGGUUUGCUGGGACCCUGAGAUCGUUCGGAAUUUUACCAAUUCGCCUGUGCCCGCGCAGCCUGACCUACUCGGUUCAGGUUAUCUUCAGAAGUUCAACCGAACCUUUCAAUCCAUCAUGGAUACGAAUGCGGACAUUGACAGUGCAUGCGCCACCUUUUUGCACUCGGCCAUCUCCUUCAGCAUGAAACCGUCUCUGUUGGGAAUUUGCACCUCUUUCAAAGAGAGGCUUUGCUACUACGAGAACAGCGUCAGCAGCGAGCGCGCGGUCGCCUUGAGCACUUUAGUUGGGCUCCUUGUCGAUCAGAGCAAACAGGGCUUACUCUUUAGCAACUUCGACUACGAUCGGUUGAAGAGCGAUAUGCGUAUGAGAGCCAGAGAACCCGAGUAUCUCAAUGAGAGGAGCUCAAAUUACGUCAAUAGGGAUGGUACAAUCCAUAUCCUGGAUUUUCUCAAGUUUGACGUCGCGAAUGUCAUAGUUGAACAGUCGCUUAAGGGCUUUUCCAAAACCAUCAACGUGUCCAGCGUAACGAAUUGGGACAAGGAACUGGUGCUCCUGUUUGACGAGUAUGAGGGUUACAGCAAGCAAUCUAAAAUCUACAGCGCCCUCAUAGCACACCUACGCUCAAGCAUCAAGGCUGUGGAAACGAAGUGGAAGGUGACCAUGGCUAACAGAUCAGACACAAGCAGUGAUUUCAGUACCAAACUCAGGGAGAUUUUUGAAGAAUGGGUUUUGAUCCAACCCCCGAAAGAGUUGAUGUCAUCCAAGACGGUCAUGGGGCUCCUUGAUCACUGGAACAAGGAUCCUGCCAUGAGCAAAUGGGCACUGCUCAAAGCAUCCACCAUGUUUAAACUGUGCCAUCGGAGUGGGUACAAAAUGGUGUGGCGGCUUGCAGGCCAGCAACUUGCUCGGAUCAAGGCAACGGCAUCUCGGGGAGAUGGAGACGUGAGCGCGGUGACAAUUACCGCGCCCAUGUGGAGUGUUUUGAGACCCGACACCAAGCGGAUCACGGGGCUUGCUGCUCGACGCGGGAGUGGUCAGGAUAACGAGAGCAUUGCUGCCAUUGAGGAGAUUUCGGAGUUUGAUGAUAACGGCACUCAGAUCGACGAUUCCUAG